AUGUCAGAACUAACGGAAGCAGAGAAGAGACAACUCUUGAGAGAGAAAAGAAAGGCCAAGUUGAGCCAAGGAGGAGGAUUAGACAGAUUGAAGAAAAUCACUGGUGAAAACAACUCAAAGCUCAGUACUGAUGUUCCCACGAAGGAGCCAACAGCCGAUGCAACUACAACAGCAACUGAAUUACCCACACAAGGUCUAGAAACCAGAAUUAACGCCCAUGAUGACCCUGUAAGUGAGAUUCCAGACCCAUUGAAUGAGGGAUUUGACGGAAAGGAGCCAGAUUUGGAUCAGCUGAUAGCUAGUAUGUUCAAUAAAAGUGCUGGACAUGAAAACCCUAACAGCGAGGAACAAGGUGUACCAGAACUCAUGAGAAGAUUCUCCUCUAUUUUGCAGGGAGGUGAUUCAGGAGCCGCUGGAUUGGGAGCUGAAGCAGGAGGAAUUAACCCUCUUGAUCUGCUGAACUCUCUAGGUGGUUCCAACAUUGGAAAAGCGCAGGAAGAAUACGGAUCCACGCCGGAGGAGAUUGAGUUCAACAAGAAAUCAAUAGCCUACAAGAAGCACCAAAAUGAAGUCUUGAAGGCAAAAAUAUUGGUAGUUAGGUUGGUGCUGAUUCUGUCACUACUGUUCGUCUAUGGGCGUGAUUUUUCUUUAUCUCUAUUUACACAGACCUAUGCACCCAAUGGAUCAUCAUUCAUGAGAGUGUUCCUUACUUUGGAACUUAUAUUUCAAACCAGUUUGUUUUUCUUCAUUUCAAAGAACAAGAAUUUUACUGACGACUCUUUGAUAUCUAAACUUUUAAAUAUUGGUGGAGCCUUUAUUCCAGCAACUUACCGAAACCUAUUGCAGACUGCAUCCAAAUAUCAGGUACUGCUUUCAAUGUUUCUUUUUGAUUUAAGCAUCGUUGUUGUGGUAUUUGCCAUUAGAGCUGCUUUCAAUUUCUAA